AUGGAAAUUGAUGUGAGCUUUGUUUCAAAGUUAGCCACUUUGCUAAACUUUAUUUUGAUUCUCAUUUUUUGUAUUUGGUCCACCGUUUAUUGUAUAGAAUAGGAUUUUUAUAAAAUAAACUCUAUUAUGACAAACAUUAAUUUAAUGUACUAUUUUUGUAUAAUGGAUUAGGACUAUGAAUUUUUUGCUUUUGCUGGGUGAAACAAAAAGGUUAGUGAUAGUGGAAAAAUUCUACUUUGCAUCCAAUCAAUUUGGAAGAGGUCUAUUCUGCUUAUUGUAUGGAAUAUUAAUUUUUUAGUAUAGCGUUAUGGUUAUAUGCGGAAAAUAAUAAAACUCCAAGUCAUAUGUCCUUGCAUGA